AUGUUUAAAGUUUGGUUUUGCAAAUUUUUCAAGGUCGCCGUUUUUUUUGCCGAACAUUGUCUGGGGGAAGCUGAGUUUACCAAUAAAGGGUGGUUUCUCGGAUUAACUUUAAGUACCUGCCCCCUCCUGAAACUAUUUAUGCAGGCGCCACUGCUCCAGCAAGUCAGUUGUUGUUCUGUGGUCAACAGUGUAACAUUAAACCUCGAGUGGUUGAAGUGCGGGUUGCAGCAUCAUAACAAGACCAAAAGCGUUUUUGACUCAUUUUCAAAUAAACACUUGAGAGGUUAUAAACAAGAAGCCAAAAUGUCAUCUUGUGGAGUAGGCCGAGGUAGGGGAUGGUUAAAUUUGUCAAAAAGUGCGGAGCCUCCUAAACCCAUGGGGUUAUCAAAACCACCAAUGAAUACUCCAUCACCAGCACCACAAUUGAGUAGCGAAUACGACGAAUUAGUCGAUCGAAUUAAAGAACUGAGCACAAAUGACGAUGGAAUCAUGUUUAAUAAGAAGAUGAAGUACAUACAAUCAUACUGGACACAGGACUGUACAAGACAGAAAGAAGUUGAAGACAGCUUUGAAAAUCUGUAUAAGGCAUGUUUACAUGACAACGAACUGGCGGUGAAACUUGUGCGUCUUAUGUCGGCACGCAGUUUUAUAUCGCAGAAAAUUCAUGAGUGUGAUUUACGCCAACAGUUUCUACAGCACCUGCAACGGGAUUUUGAUAAUAGUAAUCAGCUUCAAACAACCAAUCCUGUAUUCUUUCGUAAUUGUGUUCAGAUGAUUGGAGACUUUUACUACAAAGCUAGGUUGUCCAAUGGAGAGCCCUAUGUGUUUCUUGCAGUUCCUUUUGUGGCUUGUUUAGAGUUAUUACUCAAUAGUAAGACUCUACCAGAUCUCAUGUUAUUGACUAGUCAGUUAUUUUUGAAUGGAUCAACCUUGAAAACCCUCUUACCAGAAGAAAUGGCAAAGUUAGGAAUAACAAUUAGGACUGCUUUGGUGGUUGAAACCCAACUUAGUAAAGACGUAAAACUAUGGUUGUUGUUGGCACUUGAUCUGUUUAGUGCAAGGUUUGGAGUCCUUCCAGCAGAAAUCUACAAGUACUACGAAAGUCAGCUCGGCAGUGUUGCCAUGAUUAAUUUUCAAAGGCCACAUGACGCCUUAAGUAUACAAACGAUACAUACUAGUAAAAUUUUGGACAGUUACCAGAGCAAUGUAAAUGUGCUCCAGAUUUCAACCUCUCCAACUGAGCCCCCUCAAAAUGAUAUUCAGGCCACUCAUUACUCCAACCCUGCUGAAUACAAUGGUGUGCAACAGAAAAGUUUUGUGAAGGAUACAUCACAGAAGAAUAAAGAAAAAACUGGACGGCCAAUACUUGGAGUCGGUGCUAGAUUUGUAAAAAGUAAAGCAAACGAAGAUAAUGGUUCAUGGAAUAGCAAACAGAACAGUUCAGCAGGACGAACACAUAGUAAAAAACAUCCUCCAAGUGUGAAGAGUAAUAAAGGUUGGGAACAUGAUGAUAGGUUCGAGAAUGAUUAUAAUUAGAUUUAGUUUUACAAAUAUGAAACUACGAUAUGAUCACGUAACUUUAGUCAUUUUAGAAUUUUAUAUACAACACCCUUAUUGGUGUUCCGUUAUUUAUGACGUUGUAAUUGACGUUCAUAAAUACUUCCGCUAGGUGAUUGAAAAAGCCCUUGGUAAUUUUAAUUGAAGAAUUUCUAAAAACAAUGAUAUUUAUUAGUGAUAUAAAGGGUAUGUACUUACAUGUACACAAUUAAUUCUUUAUAUUUAUAGCAUGAUGUGUAUAUUUUAGCUCAAGCGUUUUACGUAAAAUUUAUGAUUUUAUUUUAAUUAGUGAGGUGAUUUUAUUCUAAUCUAGCUACAGUACAAUAGAUCUGCCAAAAAAUACGCCAAAAUUAUUUUUUUCAAUAUCUUUCUUAGGUAUGAAUUUACAACUGAUUAUUUUUGUAAAUACCAAAGAAUAGAAUUGAUAACAUGAAAUAAUUUUGACAUAUUUUGAUACCAUAUACUAAGUAAGGAAUAAUUUAAAUUAGGUAAAUACCGACAACUUUUUAAAAUAACUCAUGGUGCCUGCUUUUUUUCUUAUGACGCUAAUGUUAGCCCUCAAGUUCUAUACAAAUGCAUAAUUUAUGUUUUAUGUUGGUAAUUUCUAGUUGUAAAUGUGUCUAUAGCCUUGCAUGAAUCUAAGUUGUGUUAUUAUGUGAUUGAUGUAGAAAAUCUUAUUGUCAUUCUAUUUAUUAAACAAAUGGCUCUAUUUAAUACGUUCAUUAUGUAACUCUAAUAUGAAAAACUUAAAGAUGGUGCCAUUGAUGUUAUGCACUCUUCAGUCAAGUAGAUAAGAUAAUUAUGUACAUAUGACAGUUUUUGAGCCCCAAACAUUUUGAAUUAGUUAUAUUUGUAUAUAAUGAAGUUUAGAUUUUUUAUCAAAAUAGAUAUACGUAGAUAUUAA